AUGUCGAUAGGAUCGGAGUCUCCUUCCAGCACACAACUUCUCUCCUCUUCUCACUCCUCACUCAAUAGCAAGAAAUCGUCAUCCGAGAUCUCCAAAAUCUACAAGCAUGCAUCCCAACUAUUUCUCACCCGGAGACUGGUCGAAGCAUAUGAAGCCCUGAAACCGGUGGUCACACCUCCGGCAAAGGCGAGACCCGAUAAUAGCCCGGCGCAGGCACCGAUUGCAACAGCGACAACGAGCCAACGGAUCAAGAUUUGGAGUCUAUAUGUCACCCUAUUAAACUCGAUCAUUGAUCUCGGAAGCGAGGAGGGUAAGGAGCAGUUUGGAGCCAGAGUAUACAAUGACAUUGUACGAAGAAUUCAGAGCGGAGAUAUUUGGGAGCAGGUUGUGAGAGAUGGAUACCAGGGCCGCGAAGGCUCCGUCGACGCGGAGGUGAUUUACAAUCUGUCGAAUUUGCUCCUUGGACAAGCACCGGAUCAGCACAUCAACCAAGCCAGGCUGGAAACCUACCUGUCGUCAUCCUCACAUCCUGACCUUGACCUUUCGGCCCAUCUGAAUAAUCGCUCGACCAAUGGUAGACAAACAGGACUAGAUGGCACGAAUACACCGAAAGACUUGACCUCUCGCAUCAAGAUCAUUGAAAUCUUCACCCUACAUGUCCUCCCACGGAAUGGAGAAUGGGACUAUGCGAGAAGCUUUCUUGGCAAUAGCGAUAUCCUAGAUGAGGAACGGAGAGAGGCAUUUCUGCAGACUUUGCAAGAGCUUCAGGAUGUCUCGGAAAAAGAAAAGCUUGGACAGUUCGAGGCAGAUGUUUUCGAGGAUUCCGAAGAAGGGGUGCCCUCGUUUACAGCUUCGGCCACCGGACAGAAUGACGACGGUGCCGAGUCUCCGUCGCAGUUUAAAACCACAUCUAGGCAUCAGAGGACAAGCAGCGAGGUUGACUACGGCAUCGAAAAGGAGCAUCCUAAUGGUGCACAGGUGGUUCCGCAACAAGCCAGCGCCACAACGACCGAGGAAAACACACCAAGCAGACCUCUUACCAGUCUUCCCCCCCAACCCAUGUCUUCAACCGCAGGGCUACGCUCUCCUCCGGUGCCGUCUUCCAGAGAUCACAAUCAACUCUCUCCUCCUGCACAAACGCCGCGUCGGCCUAUCCGCAAAUCGAAGGCAUCAAAUCAAACUUCUAUUCUGGCGCAAGCUCGACAGUUAUUACUAGCACUUUCCAACUUGGCCCGCAAUAUGGCAGGAGCUAUUUCUCAGAACCCCGCCACGUUGUUGCGGUUCUUGCUGUUCGUACUAGCAUUCAUUAUGGCAUUUAGCCAGAGACAGGUCCGCGAGAAGGCGAGGAGGUUGGUCGAGUCAGGCUGGCAGAAAGUCAGAGGCACGGUCGGGAUGGGCGUCAAAGUUAGCUAUAUCUGA